AUGGGCUGGUUUUGGGGCAACUCUUCGUCUUCCGACGCUGACCCGACAAAGAAGCUGGAUCCCAGCUUGCGAGAGUACCUCGAACAGGAGUCUCCGGCCAAAUAUACGCCCACAGCAGCUGGCAUAAAACCGCAGCAGCAGAAGCAGUCGCAAGAGAAGGCGUCUACAGAGUCCGCUAGCUCGCAAGAUCGAACAGCUGAAGCUGCAAGUCCCGUUCCCUCUGCUUCGCUUUUCCCGGACGGACGAUAUGCACACAUAUGGAAAGACUACAAGACCCUGGAGGAGAUCGAAGGACCCAGCAUCUCACCGGCGGAAAGGGUAGUUGAACAGUUUAAACAACGAAAGGACGUGCUGAAUAGAGCUGCAUUGGAGAAUUGCUCGGAAGAGCAUGAGGAUCUAUCGUUGUGUUUCAAGAGGGGGACGUUUGCAGACAAGAUCAAGGCGCGGUUGACCAUGUGUGGAGAGCAGAAUGCGCGCUUCUCGAGGUGUUAUACAAUGCAGUCUAAAUUCCUCCAAGCUCUAGGGUACGGCUCCUCGUUUGUAUGGGACAUGGAGAAGGAAGAGCGGAUCCAGAUGCAUGCGGACAAACUAUACCAUCGUAUGUUGGACUACGAAAGAAAGGUGGCUGAAGCAAAAGAAGCCGGCCGUGAACCUCCACAUCCAAAGUCUCUAUUCAAGUCAGAAGCAGAGAUAGCGGCAUCCGAACAGUCUGGCCGGCCGGAUGACGAGUGUCUCAUACCGGGUGGAGAGGGCUUGCCGGCUGGGGCAAAGCCAUAUAAGCCGUUGAAGGAGAUGACACCACACGAGCGGGAGCUGGAGGUGCAGUCUUUGAAACAACAGAUGGCUCAACGAGAUGUUUACAUGAAGGAGGUGGCACCGGUACUGAAGGCCGAAGAGGAGGCGAAGAAUAAACGAAGAGAAAAGUUCUCCAGCUGGUUUGGAGAGACCAUCGGGAGCUGGCUAGCAUGA